CAUUCCUCAUCACCUACACUCAGACUAUAUAUUCUAACCUCAGCACCUUUGAAGCCCUUCACUUUGAUUCUUCCUGUCUACCUAGGUUAAAAUACUCCCUCUCACUCUCCUUUCUCCCUCUCUAUCUCCCCCUCUCUAUAUAUAGAUCUAAUACACCAAGGCCUCGUAUACUAGCAAAUAUCAAUACAUAAAUACAUGUUGGCACUCCCAAUUCCCAAACCGUCUAAGCUCUACACUACUUCUCUACUAGUUGGAAGGCUAUAAAUGCCUGGCCAUGAUAUAUGCAUGGUUCUCUACACAACACACCAUCAUCACUGCAACUCCUCUUCCUCUCCACUACCCAACUUUUGCCUCCAGACAAGAACCUAACACUCAUCUUUGUUUCGAUCGAUCGCUUCUUCUACCCCUAGCUCACCUCCAGGCUCCAGGACAGCAGCAAUGGCCAUGCACCCUCUCGCCCAGGGGCACCAAGCCUGGCCAUGGGGGGUAGCCAUGUACACCAACCUGCACUACCACCACCACCACCACGAGAGGGAGCACCUCUUUGAGAAGCCCCUUACCCCGAGCGAUGUGGGCAAGCUCAACAGGCUGGUGAUCCCCAAGCAGCACGCCGAGAGGUACUUCCCCCUCAGCGGCGACUCCGGUGAGAAGGGCCUCCUACUCUCCUUCGAGGACGAGUCCGGCAAGCCGUGGCGGUUCCGGUACUCGUACUGGACGAGCAGCCAGAGCUACGUGCUCACCAAGGGCUGGAGCCGGUACGUCAAGGAGAAGCACCUGGACGCCGGCGACGUCGUGCACUUCGAGCGGGUGCGCGGCCUUGGCGCCGGCGACCGGCUCUUCAUCGGCUGCAGGCGCCGCGGCGAGAGCGCGCCGGCCACCGCCGUGGCCGCCCCGCCGCCACCCGCCGUCCGCGUCCCGCCGCCUACACUCAACGCCGGCGAGCAGCAGCCCUGGAGCCCAAUGUGUUACAGCACGUCGGGUUCGUCGUAUCCUACCAGCCCUGCCAAUUCCUACGCCUACCAUCGCUCCCUAGACCAAGAUCACAGCGACAUACUACACGCGGGGGAGUCGCAGAGAGACGCAGACACCAAGAGCAGCAGCGCGGCGUCGGCGCCGCCGUCGACGAGGCGGCUCAGGCUGUUCGGCGUGAACCUCGACUGUGGCCCGGAACCGGAGGCAGAUCAGACGACGGCAAUGUACGGCUACAUGCACCACCAGAGCCCCUACGCUGCAGUGUCCGCAGUGCCAAAUUACUGGGGCAGUUAGUUCAUGAGAUGAUGAGGAGAUCUGAGGCCAUGCUUGCAGAAUCCUAACCACCAACAGUGAAACUAGUUACUACUACCAGCCUACUACUACUGUGAACCCAAGUGACAGGUUUGAAUUGACCUGUGGAAGGAAAAAGAAGGAAGUGGGGGAGAUCCCUUGUUUCCCGGACAAUCUCCUUCCAUGCAUCAUCCCCAGAGUGCCCCUUUUUUUCUGGGUUUUUUUCUUCUUGUCUUCCAGAAACCCUACUUACAGUACGGGGGGCCCUUGCAGCAGGUGGGAGGUUUCAGGAAACAUCAUGUUGAAAAGGAGAGGGAGAGAAGGAGAGGAGAGAUGGUGACACACAUGAGAAACAAAAAGGAGAGAAAAAAAUGACAUGUUUGCAAGUAUGUAUGUGUCAUCUAUGUAUGUGAGUGGGUCCAUGAACAAACUGUGAAGUUGAUGUAUCCUCUCCUACCUCCCUGAAGAAACAAAGUAAUACCCCAAUGGGGAUUUUGUUCUCUUCCCCUUUCUCCCCAUCUUCUUACACUGUUCUACAUGCAUAUG